AUGUCGGAAACACCUCUUCCUACCACAGCCGCUCCACGAAAGGAUUCUCCCUCUUCUACCCUCUCUCCAUCGUCUAGCAGUCGCCUGCCAUUCCCGCAACAUAUCACUUCGCGUUUUCAAGCCAUCAUCAAUGCUCCAGGAUCCACCGAUUUGAUCUCAAUAUAUGCAUGUUUCUUGACCGGUCUGACAUCGUCUCCAUCGUUCACAGCAUGUUACAUUUGGUGUGGAUUUCAAACUGGAAAUGUAGCUCAAUUGGGUUUAGCAAUAGCGAGAACUUUUGCACCUAUCGGAGAAAGAACGUAUGGAUUCCAAAAGCCUGAUCAACAAGCUUUGACUAGUUUAUUGAGUUUCUGGCUAGGAACAAGUUUGGGUCGAUUGGGCGAUAAGAUAGGUGCUAGAAGAAGAACCUGGUUGGUGUUGGCUACUUUCAUUCAGGCGCUAUUGGCCAUGGCAGCUGCACUAGCAGCCAACUAUUGUGGACAGUCAGGCAUUGCCAAUUCCCGGGGCCAACCUUCAUGGACAAACGCAUCAGGCAUGGCUGCCCUGGCUUUCAUUUCCGCUACCAUGGGUAUACAGGGUAUCGUUGGUAAACGUAUUGGAAGUCCCAUGAACACUACUGUCGUGUUAACAACAACUUGGGUAGAAAUUUUCAACGAUCCCCUACUUUUCGCCUUUCGAUAUACCCCUUCUCGUGAUAUCAGAAUAGCAGGUGGAUUCGCCGUAUUCUUUGGAGCUUUCGUCUCUCGAGCUAUCGUAGAUGCAGGUGGUCAAGCGGCGGCAUUAGGAGCGUUGGCUGGAUUCAGAAUAGUGCAAGCAGUUUGGUGGUACUUCAUUCCAGAUAAGCCUGCACCCACCACUGGGCCAGGCAAAAUAUAG